CGAGGAAGCAACCGGCAGCAGCCAAACAAACCGGUCGUUCAGCUAAACACAUUCCAUUUCUCUUGCUUGGCUGUGUGGUGCCGAAAUUUAAGAGCGCUGCUGCAUCUUCUGGCAGUAGUAGCGUAGCAGUUCAAUCGUGCGAUUGAAAAGUAAAGUUUGCUUUUGGUGAAGCUUCAACAAGAUGUCCCCCAUUACCUUAUACACUACGCGGCGUACCCCGGCCGGUAGAGCCGUUGAAAUCACCGGCAAGCUCAUCGGCCUAGAACUGGAUAUUAAGUUCAUCGAUUUGACGAAAAAGGAACAUCUCACGGAGGAAUUCCUGAAACUCAACCCACAACACACGGUACCGACCAUUGUCGAUAAUGGAGUGGCUCUGUUCGACAGUCACGCAAUCAUCGUUUAUUUGGUGCAAAAGUAUGGCAAAGAUGACACCCUGUAUCCGAAAGACUUGGUAACGCAAGCCAAGGUUAACGCGUUGUUGCACUUUGAGUCGGGCAUUCUGUUUGCUCGGCUGCGCGGCGUUCUGGAACCGAUAUUCUACCAAGGUUUUCCGGAGGUUCCCGAAGAGAAGCUGAAAGGCAUCCAUGGAGCGUACGAUCUGCUGGAGGCUACUCUUCAGUCGGAUUAUCUGGUUGGCAACUCGUUGACUCUGGCCGAUAUCAGUUGCAGCACUUCGCUGUCCACGUUGAACGCACUGUUUCCAGUCGAUGCCGAAAAAUGCCCAAAACUGGUUGCGUAUCUUCAACGCUUGGAACAGAAUAUGCCCAACUAUAAGGAGUAUAAUGCCGAUCGAGCCAAUGAAGCGCUUGCAUUUUUCAAGCUUAAGCUAGAAGAAAAUAAGAAGAAAUGAACGAAAAUGUAUUUCUUAAUCUUUACUCAAUCAUUUUAAAUCAAAUAUUCAAUAUCAAAUUUGUCUACACAUUUAUUUUCCGUCCAUGAAGUUUGCUUCCGAAAUAGGAAAACAUGAUAAUAACUAUAUUGAACUGGUUACAAUACA